CAUGAAAUCUUGUACGAGUGGAUCAAUCUGCUUUAUUUGGACAUGGACACGCAAGCUCAAAUCCAGGAGGAAUUUGAGGAGCGAUCAGAAAUUCUCUUGAAAGAUUUUCUUAAGAAAGAGGAAUACCAACUUCUGUGUGAAGCUCUGGAGAACAAAGACAUCCAGUGGACGAGCCGGGGGCCUGCCAAUAAAAGACACUAUGAGGUGGCAGAGGAAGACACCCUGCCUGACACCCUGAAGAAAUUCCUGCAGCUCCUGCGCUCCGAGGCCUUAUUUUUACUGCUUUCCAACUUCACUGGCCUAAAGCUGCACUUCCUGGCUCCUCAUGAGGAUGAAGAUGCUGGGGAAGAAAGAGCAGCAGACACCAGUGGGCCCAGCAGCCCCAAACCUGAGCAGGAGGAGACUGAAGAGCACGCUGACAGCAUCACCCAGCAGCCAGAGCAGCCUGAUGGCAGCACCCCUGGGUCACGAGGCAGCGAGACACAGAAUGGCUCAGGGACCCCCAUGUGUGCGGGGGAGCUGCGGCGCUGGACCCACGGGCACUACACUCUAGUCCACGACACGCAAGCCACUGAAUUUGCUCUCGACCUGCUCUUCUUCUGCGGCUCUGAAGACUGGGAUCCAGAAUAUGGUGGCUUUACUUCCUACAUCGCCAAAGGUGAAGAUGAAGAGCUGCUGACAGUGAAUCCAGAGGCCAACUGCUUGGCCUUGGUUUAUAGAGACAAAGAAACGAUGAAGUUUGUGAAAUACAUCAACCAUCGCAGCUUGGCACGCCUGAAAAAGCACCCAAACAGGAGAGGAUUUUGGGAUUUUUCCUUUGUCUAUUAUGAGUGA